CUCCCACUGCUAGCGCCAAUGAGAGAGAAGCAGCUGACGUGUUUUUUUCUGAUGGCGCACGCGUGCAGUUAGUCCAGUUAUCUAACUCAUUUUGAUAGACAGGACUGCAAUGUGGAGGGGUGUUUGCAGACCACUCAAAACCCUAACGGGCAGCCUUUUCUCCGGGCCGAGGUGUGCACGCUAUGCCCGCUGGAGAACUGCCCCGAUCCGCGGAUUCAGCGCUGGUAAAGGCGAUGACUUUUUCAAAGACGUGGAGUCGGAGUUGAAGAAGUUCCGUGCGAAGGCCGCAGCGGCCCUGCCCGGCAGUGAUUGGACCCCGCUGGUAGUGAACCCAGCUCUGCCCCCCGAGCGGGCCGACGUGGUCAUCGUGGGCGGGGGUGUGGUGGGCUGGUCCGUCGCUUACUGGCUGAAGAAGAAGGAGCGGAUCCGAGACGGCGUGAGGGUGGUGGUGGUGGAGAGAGACCCCACGUAUUCGCAGGCCUCCACAGUGCUGUCGGUGGGAGGGAUUCGGCAGCAGUUCUCCAUGCCGGAAAACAUCCACAUGUCCAUGUUCUCCUGUGAUUUCAUGAGGAACAUCAACGAGCACCUUGAUGUGAUGAACGAGGACCCUGUCGAUCUGCAGUUCAACCACGCCGGGUAUCUCUUCUUGGCCAGUGAAAACGGAGCAGAAAUCAUGGAGCACAAUUAUAACAUCCAGAGGGGUGAAGGAGCAAAAGUCAGCCUGCUUUCACCAACGCAACUGAAGAAUAAGUUCCCGUGGAUUAACACUGAAGGAGUGGUCUUGGCUUCGUAUGGUAUGGAGAAUGAGGGCUGGUUUGACCCCUGGGCUCUGCUCAACGCGUUCCGAAAGAAGGCCAUCUCUAUGGGCGUGUACCAGUGCUUCGGAGAGGUGACAGGGUUGCAGUGCACGAGUCGGGAGAUGAUGAUGGCGGAGGGGGAGCCAGUGGAGUUCAAGAGGAUUCAUCACGUCAUUGUGAGGAUGCCGAACAGUUUGGAGAGCCAGCCGGUGGAGUGUGGUUUGGUGGUAAACGCAGCAGGCGCCUGGUCUAGGAAGGUGGCAGAGAUGGCCGGGAUUGGCACCGGCUGCAAAGACACCAUGGCGGGCAUACCGUUACCCGUGGAACCCAGGAAGAGGUACGUGUACGUGUUCCACUGCCCCAACGGGCCUGGUCUGGAGAUGCCCCUGCUCAUUGACCCCAGUGGAGCCUACGCCAGGAGGGAGGGGCUGGGAGGAAACUUCCUGGGGGGGCUGUCCCCCAGCGAGGAGGAGGAACCUGACGCCAGCGAUCUAGAGGUGGAUCAUGAUUUCUUCCAGGAGAAGGUGUGGCCCAAGUUAGGCCAUCGAGUGCCAGACUUCCAGAACAUCAAGGUGAGGAGUGCCUGGGCCGGUUACUAUGACUACAACACCUUUGACCAGAACGGCAUCCUGGGCAUCCAUCCACUGGUCAACAACAUGUACCUGGCCACUGGCUUCAGCGGCCACGGCCUCCAGCAGUCUCCGGCCACGGGGAGGGCAGUGGCUGAGCUCAUCCUGGAUGGAGGCUUUAAAACCCUGGACCUCACUGCUCUGGGGCUCGGGCGACUCUUCUCAGGGGAGAGAAUGCUGGAGAGGAAUAUCGUGUAAGCCCUGGCCUGCUGUGAGGCCUCACUGCCACAUCCGGAAUCUGUGUUGUACCUCGCUGCUCAGUUCACAUCAAAUUCAUUUUUUCUCCUAACAUAACUCUCUCCCCCAGGCCUUGUUCAUUUUUUUUAUGUGAGUUCUGAUCUGGGAUGUGCCGCUAUUCCAUCAGUAACUCAUUUUUAUUUGAAUACCAAGAUCACACGUAUGAAUGUGGUUCAAAGAACGCUAUAUUUUGACUGAUUGCCAUCAAACUAAAUAAAAAGUAGUCCUGCAGUAAUUGCAAGCUCCCUAGGGAUCACAUGUAUACACUCCUACCCAGAAGGUAGCAAGGUCAUGCCAACAAAUACAAUAGACUUCACAGAUCCUCAGCCGUUCCUGUAAUCUGGACAGCUUUAUCUAUUCCUGAUACAUUCCCCCAGGGUCGAUAAUCAUCUUCUUUCGGGACACUGGUCACUUUGUUGUAACUGAGCCUAAUCAUACCACUCUCUUGGAUAAAGCUUGGUUUCGAUCAGAAAGGGAAUGGAGGUUGGAAUUCUGUGAUGGAAUACAGAAUCAGAAAGGGAAUCUGGAGGCUGGAAUUCUGUGAUGGAAUACAGAAUCAGAAAGGGAAUCUAGAGGUUGGAAUUCUGUGAUGAAGUACAGAAUCUUCUUACCUUAGUUUUUUGGGUACUUUUCUACAUUGUGCAUGUAAUGUCCACCUCCUGUAUACUUUUAAGACAAUGCAUAAAAUUGUAAGCAAGGAAUUGUAGAGAACAGGCAAACAUAAGUUCGCUAUUAGACUUAGUAUCAUUCACUAGUGAGAUAUUUUAAAAAGUAUCUUAAAGAUUUUUGUAGUUUAAGGAUUUUUACCAUGUGAUCACAUACUGAAUUGAAGUGCUAACUGGAAGUGUUUCAAAUGUAAUCUUUUUUUUAAUUAAGUGUCAUCUUUUACAGAAACUUGAUUGUGCACCACUAACAGCAGCGUUUUUACUGUGGACCUGUCUGCUCUGAAAGAGCAAAGGUUUGAACAAGAAGGCUGCUAUCUGCAGAGAACCACGAAAUAGGACUUGAAUCAAUUCAGUUUUUUAAUCAAUAAUUCAAUGGGGGAAAAAAAAUAAAAAUAAUCAUCUUUACAGUAUAACGGUAUGCUUUCCAAACACUUAAGCAUUUACACUUUUCAAUUGUAGUAUAGCCGAGACACAAACGAGACACGAAAAUCUAUCACUUUGUUAAUAAAGUCUAUUUUUUUAACAUCUUAAUAAAUGAAUGAAGUUGUAUUAAA